UCCUUAAGGUGGAGCCAUUGAGUGUGUUUAUCUGUAUAAGCGAAUCUUUAUUGCAAAAUGGAUCCACCUUAACGACACACGAUGAAACCGUUGCAGUAUCCAUGGACGGCAUGGACUUCUCUGAAGCUAAACAACAAAUUCUGCUGCUGAUAAACAGAGUCCAGCCUUCACAACGCCUCAAACUCAUCGACUGGAUCAGAACCUCCGAUGAGCUGGGCGAUGCACUGGUGGACAACAACAAGGUCAUCUUGCGGAGCAUCGCUGAUGACCUGAGGGCCAGCCUGCCUCAGGACGCCAUGUUGGCAUCUGAGACGAACGUUCAGGAAAAGAUGCAGCAGCGGUCGCAUCCGACAGUCCACGUGGAUGCCUUCCUGUACGAUGACGAGCACGUGGAUGCUCUGUGUGAGGCGGGAACCAUGAGUCGGAGUUAUUGUCUCCAGUGUGGAUCGAUCAGGACCGCACCUCUAGACUUUGUGUCCCACUCGUUCUCCGUCUCCGAGCUCUUCUUCCUGUUCCGUAAUGUUCUACCGGAUCUGAGUGGCCGAAUGUUAGUGGAUGUUGGAUCACGACUCGGGGCGGUGCUGUACGGGGGCUACGUGUUCACCUCAGCGUCCAGACUUGUUGGCGUGGAGCUGAGCGAGGAGUUUGUUCACCUUCAGAACCGAAUAGUAGACAAGUACGGAAUGAGCGACAGAGUCCAGGUUGUCCAUGCUGACGUGUGCACGCAGUCCGCUUUGCUCCAGAGCGCAGAUGUUUUGGUGAUGAACAACGUCUUUGAGUAUUUCAUGGAGCCGAGCCAGCAAGUCAGGGCGUGGAAGUUGAUCAUGCAGACGUUCAGGAAGAAGGGUUCUCUGCUGGUGUCAGUCCCAAGUCUGGAGGAGAGUCUAAACAAUCUGCAGGAAGUGCUACCAGACAACUGGGUGGAGGAACUUCCUUUGGACUACAACGCUUACACGGCACAUGAUGUGGACUCUGAGACUCUCGGACAGAUCCACCUCUACAGGGUCAUCUGACAUGGAUCUGGUUGGGGCAGGUUUUUUGGAUUUGUCGAGACCAGAUGGUCCGGCUCCACGUCUGAAUAUUAAAUGGCUGCACGGUGGUGAAGUGUCAUGAACACAAACUAAAAUAGUAAAAUAAAUGUUUAUAGGAUAUAAACAAAUAAUAAAUAUGAACAGACAUCAAUGAUCAAGUUUCA